AUGGCAUUCGGAUCAACCUUUGGUCGAAAUACGACCUCAACAACAUCAACUUCAUUAGGCUCACUACAAGAUCUUCAGAAUGAUGUCGAAGUUCCCGCUGUUGGAGAUGAUUCCAUUUCAGACUUGGCUUUCUCACCAGUUGCCGAGUUUCUUGCUACUGCAAACUGGGAUGGUAAAGUGCGAAUUUACGAAAUAAAUGUCAUGAACAACAUGACGGGAGUAGUUACACCGACUACUGUCAAUGGAAGAGCAAUGUAUACAAGUGGUGGUCCAGUUUUAAGUUGUCGGUUCAGUACAGAUGGCACAAAGAUAGUUUCCGGAGGUGCAGAUAAAGAAGUUAAAUUAUUUGAUUUGGCAUCUCAACAAGCACAAACUAUUGGACAGCAUACUGACACGGUGAAGGCAGUGAGAUAUGUUCAAUGUGGCCCUCAAAACACACAGUGCGUUGUGAGUGGAUCAUGGGAUAGGACAGUUAAAUAUUGGGAUAUGAGGCAACCAAACCCGAUCUGCACGCUAAACAUGCCAGAGAGAGUUUAUACAAUGGACAGUUCACAGAAGUUGUUGGUUGUGGGUACAGCACAAAGACAUGUGGAGAUCAUCAAUUUGGACUCCCCGGAUAAGAUAUUUAGAUCAACAAUGUCCCCAUUAAAGCUGCAGACACGUUCUAUUGGCUGCUAUCCCAAGGGAGAUGGCUUUGCUAUUGGCUCUAUUGAAGGACGAUGCGGUAUUCAGUACAUUGAUAAGACACGGCAGAAUCAAUAUGGGUUUUCGUUCAAAUGCCAGCGGCAGCAGAAAACAUCGCCAAAGCAGUCUAUAAUAUACUCAGUUAACAGUAUUGUUUUCCAUCCAGUUUAUGGAACUUUUGCUACGGCAGGCUCAGAUGGAUCAUUUUGCUUCUGGGAUAAAGAUUCCAGACAUAGGCUGCGGAGUUUCCCAUCUUUAAAUGCGACAAUCCCUGUGGCGAACUUCAACCGCAACGGUGGCUUAUUUGCGUACGCAUUAAGCUAUGAUUGGUCCAAGGGAUAUCAAUACCACACACAGAAUUACACUAAUAAGAUCAGAAUACACGCGUGUAAGGAUGAGGACGUGAAACCUCGCGGAAAGAAGAAAUGA